AUGGGUUGCUUUCUGGGCUGUUUCGGUGGUCGGAAGAAUCGCCGGCGUCAAAAACAUAGAGAAUCCGAUCAGGCUAGAGCAAACAAUCUCUCUGUGGAAUCUGCUAAACCUGAUCAUCUGAAUGAUAGAGUCCCUACAGUUGAGGAAAUCUCGGAAAACUCUCUGAUUCCAAUCACUGAAAUCUGUGACGAGGCUGAAGAGAAAUGUAGUCCAAGUCCUACUAGGAAGAGAGUCACUUUUGACUCCCAAGUCAAAACCUAUGAACACAUUGUGCUACAAGAAUCUGUUGAGCUCUUGCAAGAGGCAAAAGAAGAGGUCAAAUCCGAAGAGGUGUCACUGAAUUCGAGCAAGACAGGUCAGUCUUCUUCUGAGAACAUUGAGGUUGCCCCAAACUCCUCAGGGACGUAUCCUUCAAACCACAGAUACAAGAAUUGCAGAGAAAGCGAUGAUGAAGUAGAAGAGGAUGAGUUAGACUGCAGUGAAAGCGACCUAGAAGACGAUGAAGAUUACUACAGUGAUGAAAUUUAUAAUGAGGAGAAGUUGCGUAGCCAAACCAAAGAAGUUCAUACUGAAGAGGCUAAUGCAAAGCUGAGAAGGUCUAAUGAGAAUGUUAGAGAUGAAGACAACUAUGCUCAAGGAGUGCUUAACCCCGUUGAGAAUCUCACUCAGUGGAAGUCAGCUAAAUCCAAAGGGAAAACAAUACAGAAACAGUCUCAAAAGGAGAACUCUAACCUCAUCUCAGACCAAGAGGACAAAAGGGAUUCCUCUUCUCUCGGCACAGACCCUCAGAGUAAUGAUGCAACACUCAGCUUCAGACCCAAGAAACCGAGAAACGAAGAAAUAGCUGUUGAUGCUAGCCUUUCGACCUGGUUAUCAACAUCUGAGACGGGUAGUGAAUCCACCAGAGUCUCUAUUAAACCCGAGAAGAAUAAGUCUAGCUGCUACUCGAAACGAAUGGUAAUCAGUCAUGACGACAGACCUGUGCUAUGUGCAUUGACGUUGGAGGAGAUCAAACAGUUCCCUGCUACAUCUACGCCAAGGAAAUCACCUAGCAAAAGUCCCGAUGAGACGCCUAUCAUAGGCACAGUUGGUGGCUACUGGGGUAAUCACUCAAAGGCAAUAGAUUGUGGCUCUGCAUCUUCAUUCAAGGGGAUACCCAACACCACCAGCAAGUACAGAGAGGAUAAGAGCGUGAAUUGGCAUUCAACACCAUUUGAGGCAAGAUUGGAGAAAGCUUUGAACAACAUAGAUAAAUAA